AUGUGUUACGCGACAAUGAUCACAUGGCAAAAGUGCGGUCACUGGCGGACAAUCAACGAGAUGUGUGAAGAAGCGCUGGAGCGGGAGCCACCAACAUUCUGCACAUCGGCAUUCGAGCCCAUAGCCAUCGACGUCGACCGUGAUGAUGGAGUGUGUCCUGAUCUCAACAAGCAUCCACUCGCCCCGGGAGAAGUCAGAGCACCUUGUGCUUGGUCUGUCAGGCUCGGGGGCGACACUCGAACGGCGGGUCGAGGUAACCAGUGGUACAGCCAGCAGUCGCAAGGCCAGGGAUGA